UGGAGCGAAACACCAGCUGAAGUUAAUUAAAACUAACUCGGGAGAGGAAAAAAAUGUGCAUUCAAUAACUAAAGGCAACAGACCACUGCGGCACGAAUCAGAGCAGAAAAGCUGAUAAGUGAUUGCAUUCCGAUACAGGAGAAAAUAACGAAAUAGUAAGAUGUGCAAAAUUGCAUUUUUUUUUUUUGAACGGUGCUGAAAAGCUGUACAAUGUUGUCAAGUAUUAAUCCAUUCGGAUUGUAAAUAAAAUUAAUUGCUUUCUCAGACCCAUCUAAUAAGGAGAAACAUGUUUAAAAUCCGUUGUUUAUUAUUGUAACCUCACUUAUUGCAAACGACAGCUUUUCAAACAUGUAAUCAUUGCAUUCAUUUUCUGUUAGUUAUAGUUUUUACAUGAAAAGUGGUGCAUAUCAAGUAUUAACCAUGGCGAUUAUGAUAGCGUAUACGUAUUUAAUUGCUAACAUAAUUUGCCACAACAUAAAAAAAUAUUAAUAACCUGGUUGUUAUCUAAAUUAAUUUGAAAAGAUUAACAUUUCAAGGACUGUAUAUCCGAAGUAAUGGACCAGCCUACACAUAACCAAACUGAUGGACUUACACAUUUAAAUCAAACAGAUAGCGGUGAAGUUACCCAUAAACUUUUCUUAGGAAUCGGCACCGAUAACGUUAUUACACUUCUGAUAUUUGGAAUAAUUUUUACUCUCGGAGUCUUGGGUAACUCCAUGGUCAUAACGGUCCUAGCUAGAAAUAAACCUGGUGAACACCGUAGUACCACCAACAUAUUUAUCCUGAACCUCAGCAUCGCCGACCUCUCUUACCUUCUGUUUUGCAUCCCUUUCCAAUCCACGGUCUACAUGCUGCCAACAUGGGUGUUGGGAGCUUUUAUCUGCAAGUUCAUUCACUACUUCUUUACAGUAUCCAUGCUGGUGAGUAUUUUCACACUCUCUGCCAUGUCAGUGGACCGCUACAUCGCAAUUGUGCACUCCAGAAAGGCGUCUUCUAUUAGAGUGGCACGGCAUGUUUUAAUUGGAGUGGUUGCAAUUUGGAUCCUCUCGUUUGCCAUGGCCGCCCCCGUGGCUUACCACCAGAGCAUCGUAAAAAGAGGAGGAAAUAGCACAUAUUGUUGGGAAGUCUGGCCGGACUUGAAGCACAAGAAAAUCUAUGUGGUGUGCACAUUUGUGUUUGGUUAUGUGCUGCCGUUGGUUUUGAUCUCCUUAUGUUAUGCUAAGGUUUUAAAUCACUUGCACAAAAAGUUAAGAAACAUGUCUAAGAAAUCAGAGGAGUCCAAAAAGAAGACUGCUCAAACUGUACUGGUGGUGAUCGUAGUUUUCUGCAUCUCCUGGCUGCCACAUCAUGUGGUCCACCUUUGGGUAGAGUUUGGAUCAUUUCCUCUCAAUCAAGCCUCAUUUGUGUUCAGAAUAGCAGCACACUGCCUCGCCUAUAGUAAUUCCUCAGUGAAUCCUAUUAUAUAUGCAUUCCUGUCUGAGAAUUUCAGGAAGGCUUAUAAACAAGUAUUUAAGUGCAAGAUCAGCGACUCUCCUCUAAAUGAUGUCAAAGAAAUAAGAAGCAAGGACAACCCCCCCUCCACUAACUGCACCAAUGUCUGACAAUAUUUGUGGAGGUUUUGUUUCCUGCUUAAUGUCAAAGCCUAAAGAAAAAAAAGGCUUUUUGGAUAUAUUUCCAGCAAAACAUUUUCAUUACCAUAUGAAUGCAGCAUCCUAAAUAGGGUGAUGAUGUCAAACACAAAGUUUAAAGGUGAAUGUUAUCAGAGCUGAUUCAAUUCUACAUGGAAAAGUAGAUUUAUUUUCAGUUGUUUCUAAGUCUUCUCACCCCAUCAGUUGUUGAAGAACAUUGAUGCCAUUCUAUAUCAUAGAGACGCCUAAACACAAGAACACAGUUUGAAUUAUUUAACAGUGCCAACAGUACAUUCCUGACACCAGCUAGUAUCUAGAAUGUUAUUGGAGCAGAACAAGAACCUAUGUUGACUCCCCCUAUUCAUUUAAUUAUUAGCAUACAAUAAAUGUUGAUUUGAUUAAGUGCUUUAACACUAGGGUGGAAGCGUCAAGGUUCCUUGUGCAUAGCCAGUACUAUUGGCAGCUCUGAAUCCAAUAUAGGUUGAUGAAAAGCAUUGAGAAAUUGAAAUUGAUCUGUGGAGAACAGUGGCAAAGAUAUCCCCUGACUUCUGUCAUGAAAAUUUUUAAGAAGCUGUGACCAAUCAAAAGGAGAUCAAACCCAAAUUUGAAUUUAAAUACACUGAAGAGGUGUCAGUAUUUGUGACCAAGAAUGUUCUUUACUAAACAUAUUUGUGUUAUUUUUGUUCUUUGGACUUUUUGUAUUGAAAGUUAAAGUGCAAGUAGUUUCAGAUAAUUAUUAUAUUUUUUUUACCUAAUAUUGUUACCUCCAAAAUGUUCUGUUUUAUAUUUUGAAAUACCCAGCUCUUAUGUGAAUUUUUACAUAACUUCUAACUUCACAUUUUGCUAACAUUCUGGUCAGUAGAUUUCCAUGGUUACCAGCAGAGUCCCUUUAGUUUGAUCCCCUCUCUAAAGCCACUGUUUUUAGGAAGUGUAGCCUCUUUCAAUUUUAUUAAUACUUAGACUUGUCAGUUUAUAAUUUGUGGUAUCAUAACAUUGUAUGUGCAUCUUAUAUACUGACAGAUCCGCAUUGUACGUGUUUUAUCAUACGGGAAUAACUGACAGAAUCAGAUUGUUUUGGAUUGUUAGACGUCAGUGAGGGGCCAAGGGAUGUUACAGAUAGACAAGGAGAUUCAUUAACCGGAAUGGGAAAGGUGCUGGCCUUUUCAUAACCUUUCAAAGCACUUUCCAAGGUCAUAUAAAUACAAUAAAUACAACUUAAUUUAUGAGCAACAACACUCAGAACUACUAUCAUACAAGCUACUUGUUCUUUAAAUAACCAUAGGGUGUCAAUACCAAUCAGGACCCCUUUAUAGAUUUGUUCUUUCACUCUGCUGCAGGGGUUUUUGUUUAUUUAAUUAGAUACUAAAACAUGCAUGAAAGACAAGGUUGAAAAAGGU